AUGGACUCCCGCUCGCACACCAACGGCGGCGGCGCGAACCUGCCUUUCAGCAAUGACUACACCAACAGCUUCGCCAGCUCUGCCUCCCAAUCCACGGCCCGGCCCAUUGUCGCCUCGCACCACCACCAAGACCGGCCGACCACCUCCGGCAGCAGCUACCUGUCGACGUCGUACGCCCGCACCCCGGCCCGCUCCUUCAUCCACCAGGCCUCUCAUGGCGCUAUAGACACGCCUGCCUACUCCUCGCAGGGCGUCCGCGACAAGACCCAGGAACUCUCCAUGCACGCCCUCGCCGACCCCCCGAGCUCCUUCCCUUCUGCCUCCCUGCUCUCGCAGUACAGGCCUACCUCGAGCUCGCGCAGCCGCGGAGCUACCUCCAUUGACGCGAGACCUGACACUGCCACCGCAGAGGAGAGAGAACAUGACCGCCGAGACUCGUAUGAUGCCGCGUCGCCGGCUAUUAGGGAGCUGCCGGAGCCCAGCUCGCCCGAGAGCAUAGCGGCGUCUAACGACAUCCCUUCCCCUUCAUCCUCCUCCGAUGACGACGAACAACUGCUGCAAAGCGCGACCGAGAGCUCAGCGCUCCUGCCGCGGAGCAGAGGCAAGCGGUACGGUACCGCCGCCGCCGCCGCGGCGGACGUCGAGAGCCAGCGGGAAUGGGGAAGCAGCAGCGGCGGCGGGUGGGCAGCGCAGCCGCGCUUGCUCUACCACGCCGUGACGCGCCGUGUGCAUGCGGGUGUGGAGCGUGUGCGCGGGGCAGCAAAUCCAAAGAGCUGGGAUCGCGAGACUGUGCUGCGGGCGGCGGUAAUUGAUCCCGCGAGGAGCUUACCCGCCGUGUUUUUGGGUUUGUUGUUGAAUGUGCUUGAUGGUUUGUCUUAUGGUAUUAUAUUGUUUCCAUUGGGAGAGCCGAUUUUCGAAAAGCUGGGGAUUGAUGGAUUGUCCAUUUUCUUCGUCAGCUGCGUGGUGGCCCAGCUGGUCUACUCCCUAGGCGGGUCGACGUUUAAGGGUGCGGUGGGCUCCGAAAUGAUCGAAGUCGUACCGUUCUUCCACAAGAUGACCUACGUGAUCAUGGGCCGCAUGGGAUCAGAUGCAGACCCACGCGCCAUCAUUGCCACGGUCGUGCUCGCGUACGCCGUCAGCUCCAUUAUCACGGGCCUGAUCUUCCUGGCGCUCGGCCUGUUCAAGCUGGGAAACCUGGUCAGUUUCUUCCCGCGCAAUAUCCUCAAUGGCUGCAUCGGCGGCGUGGGCUUCUUCCUCUUCGUCACGGGCAUCGAGGUCUCUGCCCGCUUGGAGGGCAACUUGGAGUACAACUUCGCGACGCUCAAGGAGCUCUUCCAAGCCGAUACCGUCGCGCUGUGGCUCACGCCGCUUGUGCUCGCGGUCGUGUUCAUGGUGAUCAAGCACUUUUAUGACCACCCCGCGCUCAUGCCGACGUACAUCAUCGUCAUGACGGCCGUGUUCCACAUCGUUGUAGCUGCGGUGUCUCGCUUCGACUUGGACAAGGCGCGCGACGCAGGGUGGGUGUUUGAGAAGCCCGAGUCGGGAGUGCCCUUCUAUCAUUUCUACACGCUGUACGACUUCAGCAUCGUGGACUGGUCUGCGCUGUUCCGUACUCUACCAACCAUGUUCGCGCUCUCCUUCUUCGGCAUCAUCCACGUGCCCAUCAAUGUGCCGGCGCUGGCUCUCUCGGCCAAGGAAGACGACGUCAACAUCAAUCGCGAGCUCGUCGCCCACGGCCUCUCAAACGCCCUCUCCGGAUUUGUCGGUUCCAUCCAGAACUACCUCGUCUACGUCAACAGCGUCAUGUUCAUGGACCACGGCGGCAAUAGUCGUGGCGCUGGUCUGCUGCUUGCUGCCGCUACUACCGGUGUCUGGAUGGCUGGGCCUGGCCUAAUUGGCUACGUCCCCAUUAUGGUUGUCGGCACGCUCAUCUUCUACCUUGGCAUUGACCUGCUCAAGGAGGCUCUCUGGGAUACUCUUGGCAAGCUGCGCUGGCUCGAGUAUCUCACUAUCGUCAUCAUCGUUCUUGUCAUGGGAAUCUACGACUUCGUCUGGGGCGUGCUGGUGGGUAUUGUUCUUGCGUGCCUCAUCUAUGUCGUCCAGACGUCGCGCACCCCUGUCAUUCGCUCCACCUACACAGGCACUAUUGCCCAGUCUACUGUGCGCCGUCCGCCGCUGCACCAGCGGUAUCUGCAUGAGGUCGGCCAGCAGAUCUAUGUCGCCAAGAUUGCGGGUUAUCUCUUCUUUGGCACCAUUGUCUCUGUAGAGAACGAGGUCAAGAAGCUCGUCGACGAGGAGCAGUACAAUAAGCGCCCAAUACGGUAUAUUGUGCUGGACCUCAUGCAUGUCAUCGGCAUGGACUACUCUGCUGCAGAAGUCCUUGUCCGUCUGAACCGCAUUAUGCAUCGCAGGAACGUCAGUCUGGUUAUUUCGAGCGUGAGCUUGAACGACGAUGUAGGCCAGGGUCUGGUCAUGGUAGGCCUGUUCAAGUCUGCGGAGAGCAACGACGAGCAUUGCCCGCCUCCGAAGCGAUUCGAAACACUGAAUAAAGCGCUGGAGAGUUGCGAGAACGAACUGCUGGAAACACUGCAUCAGCGCACAAGGGCCGUGGGCUCACCGAAGGAGACGGCAUCGCCUGUCUCGAUAUCGCCCCAGAGAGAGGCAGCGCAGAAUCCGUUCGACACAGGUGCCUUCAACUCCCCGCGGCGCGGUCUCUUGCAGCACGCGGCCACGAUGGCACUGCAGGAGCAAGGCCAGGGUAAUGUGACGGUCGACGAAAACACCAACAUGUUGACGCCAGACAAGUGGAAGAACUUUGCGCAGCCGAUUCCUCUGAUGCUGCUCACAUUCCAAGACCUGUCAGACAAGGAUAUCGACUUCUGGCACCGGGCGGUGCCGUACUUCCAGCGGCGCGAGUAUGCCGCGGGGACGGUUCUGUACUCGCGGGGCGACGAACCGGACGGUUUUUACAUCGUCGAGCGGGGCAGCCUGCGCGCCGACUACCAUCUGGAGCAGGGUCAGUACUACGAGUCGAUCCAGGCGGGCACGACAUGCGGCGAGCUACCCUUUUUCUCGGAGACGGACCGGACGGGCAAUGUGGCGGCGGAGGCGGACACGGUCGCGUGGCUCCUGACGCGCGAGCAGUGGAAGCAAUUGGAGAAGGCGCAGCCGGAGGUGGCGAGUGAGUUGUUGCGCAUCUGCUUGAAGCUGACGAGCGAGCGCAUGAAUGCCAUCACAUCGUAA